AUGGCCCCGGGGCUCAGUGCUUCUCCAGCAGUUGUGCUUCUGCUCCUGUCCCUGCUGGGUCUGGCUGCUGCUGGGAAGCUCCUGGUGGUGCCGGUGGACGGGAGCCACUGGCUCAGCAUGCGGGAGGUGCUGGACAUGCUCCAGCAGAAGGGGCACGAGGUGGUCGUGGUGGCACCCGAAGUCUCCAUGCACAUCAAACCAUCAAAGAACUUCGUGAUGAAACGGCACUCAGGCCCCAUCACACAGGAAGAGAUGGAGGAAGAUUUCAAGGCAUUUCUACAUGCUUCAUUAGAAGAAGGAUCUUUUCUGGAAAGAUUUCCUAAAUUGUACCAACAUAUGAAAAGACUUGGUAAUUUGGCAGUCAGCAGUUGUGAACAUCUCUUGCAAAACAAAGAGCUCAUCAGAUUUCUUGAGGAGAGCAAGUUUGAUGCCAUCCUUACAGACCCUGUUAUACCUUGUGGGGUGAUCCUGGCUGAGCAUCUUUCCCUUCCUUCUAUCUAUUUCUUACGAGGAAUCCCAUGUGGGUUAGAUUUUGAAGCCACUCAGUGUCCCAAUCCUCCUUCCUAUGUGCCCAGAUCAUUUUCAGACCUGACAGACCGCAUGACCUUUUUCCAGCGAGUGAAGAAUCUGCUCUUUGACAGUCAAAACCUUUUCCUCUGUAAUUUUCUCUUUGACCCAUUCUCAAAACUGGCUUCAGAGUUCCUGCAGCGGGAGGUGACUAUGUCGGAUCUCUUUCGCAAGGGCUCUGUUUGGCUCUUGAGGGCAGAAUUUGUGCUGGACUAUCCAAGACCCUUGAUGCCCAACAUCAUUCCAAUAGGAGGAGUAAAUUGUGCUCACAAGGAGCUGCCUCAGGAGGCUUGA